AUGCCAUUCCGCUCGUCCUACUGCACGCCUGCGCCACGCCUUCAACGGCUCUUCCACAGCAGCCCGAGAUGCCUUGACGUAGGUACGGCGGCGAAUCACUACAAGACACUGCAAAUACCUACCAAUGCCACACCUAGUGAAGUGAAGAAGUCAUUCUACGCGCUCUCCAUAAAGCACCAUCCCGACAAAAACCCCGACGACCCCAAUGCCUCGAAACGCUUUAUUGAAUUAACAGAAGCUUAUUCUGUUCUCGGCAUCCCAGCCAAGCGCCAGCAAUAUGACCGCGACUUUCGGCAUUCCCACCCUCAUAGCCAUAGACAUCAACCAGCACAUAAGGGAUCCUAUCACUCCUCAGGCCCAGCAGGCGGCCGGCCCGCAAGCGGUCUAAGUCGACGACGCGCGCAGUUCCGCGGUCCACCCCCUUCUUUCUACAGCUCCGGCGGCUGGGGCUCCCAAGCAUCCAAACGCCAGGCAGCACAAGAAUCGUCCACUGCGUACGCUUUCACCGGCGGAGGCAUGGGACCGGGACAAUCCCCGUUCGGCGAGGUCCACGCGCAAAAUGUACCGCAUUUUGAUCGGAGCGAGCAUCUACGCACACAUCAGAAUCAUAUUCGGAGGCAGAUGGACAGACGGCGGCAGAAUGGCGAUCAUACGGCGGGAGGGGGUGGUCUGCAUGAGGAGGGGACAAAAGGGACGCUGAUGACAUUUUUGGCUGUGGGGGGCAUUGUUGCGUUGGGUGUGUGGUUGCCUUGGGCUAUUGGGGGGAGGCUUCUGGGCGGAAGUGAACCGGGGAGGAAGAGAGAAAGGAUUUGA